UGUGGGUGCCGCAUGGGGGAGGCCGGGGAUGGUCUCCCGUGUCCCGCACCCCGCUGUCCCUUCGACUGCAGUGACCAGGGACGUUGCCGGGCUGGCCGCUGCCACUGCUUUGAGGGCUUCACAGGACCAUUCUGUGCGACUCCCAUCUGCCCCCCUGGCCGUGGUGGGCCCCACUGCACCCUCGAGAUCCCCUCAGUGACGCUGCGCCUGGCUGCGCGCAACCAGACGUCCUUCCGUGUGACCUGGCCGCGGCCAGCCAAGCCUGUGGAUGGCUAUGAGGUGGCAGUCAUCCCCAUGGAUGAACCAGCAGCACUGACCACCCACGAGCUGCCUAGUUCAGCUGUCACCUUUGAAGUGACAGGGCUGACACCUGGACAAGCUUUUGAGAUCUUCAUCCAGGCCCAGCGGGAGCAGCACCUCGGGGCACCGGGCACCUUGCGUGUCCGCACCUUGCUUGCCCAGUCUCUGCCCAACCAAGGGGGGCUACGGGGGACCCCUACAUUUCUGGCAUCUCCAGUGGCCCCAGCAUCACCAUCAGCCCGAGGGUCUCCAGCAUCCCCACGGUCCCCAGUCUCCCUGGGGUCCUUGGGGUCACCAGCAUCCCUGAGGUCUCCAGUGUCCCCGGAGUCCUCAGCAGCACCAACUUCCCUGGAAUCCCCAUUGUCUCCAGAGUCCCCAGUGUCCCCGAGGUCACCUACAUCUCAAUGGUCCCCAGCAUCCCCACAGUCCCCACUAUCCCCAGCAUCCCCUGUGUCCCCAGUGCUCCCAAAUGUCCCAUCCCUGCAUGAGCUGGGGGUCAAGCUUUCUUCCUACAAUGGAUCCUUGCUGCAGCGCCUUGAAAGCCACCUCCGGGCCACGGAUUUUCCACUCCGAGGCAACCAGACAGUGCCUGCAGUGGCCCGUGCCAUCCUCUCCUACCUGCUUCGCCGCAGCCCGGCCUUGCUGCGUCAUCAAUUCCUCCGCCACCUCCAGCAGAACCCCCACCCCAAACCUCAGGUGUUGCCAGGAGCUGCUGGUGAGGCCCUGGUGGAUUUGGAUGGGCUGCGGGGUCAUGCGGAGACCAUAGUGAUCCGCUACCAGCUGCUGGAGGAGCCGGAGGGGGAUGAGGGGGAGAUGAGGGUGCCAGGGGACACCACAGUGGCCCGGGUGCCAGGGCUGGUGCCAGGGGCCACAUACCGGGUGGAGGUGCACGGUGUGGUGCGGGGACGUGUCUCCAAGUCCUACACUUCCCUGGUGACUGCAGGGCUGGGUGGCACCAGUGAGCCUCCACCAGAAUGGAAGAACCUCUAUGAGAUGGAGGGGACUGAGCCCCAGGGGGCCAUGGCCAAAGCAGCACCAUCAGAGGAGGAACCACCACAGCGGCCCCACCUAGGCAUGCUCACAGUCUCCCACGUGACUCCAAGCUCCAUCCAGCUGGAAUGGAGUGUCCUGGAGGGCUCCUUUGACUCCUUCACGGUGCAGUACAGGGAUGCACAAGGCCAGCCACAGGCACUUGCGGUGGACGGUGGGUCGCGCACAGUGACCGUGCACGGGCUGUUGCCGUCCCGCCGCUACAAAUUCAACCUGUAUGGGGUGUGGGGGCGGAAGCGCAUUGGUUUCAUCUCCACUGAUGCUGUCACAGCUUCAGCAAAACCAAAGGAAGAAUCACCUUCUCCACCACGCCUGGGUGAGGUGACGGCAUCGCAC